GAAUCAUGUUGGUUGAUGAAUAUUAUCUUCUCUUUUCAGCCCAUUUGCCAGGCAGCGUAUAAUAAUGAUUUCAAUGAAGUUCAGCUCCUUUUGGAUAAAAACAGCAAUUAUGUGAAUAUCCAGGACAGCUUCAGUGGAGAUACCCCUUUAAUUUGUGCAUGCAAACAGGGAAACAACAGAAUAGUUAGCUAUCUUCUAAAAAGAAAUGCUGAUGUCAACCUCAGAAACAAGAAGGACCGCACUUGUCUGCAUUAUGCUGUGAGAAAACGGUUUACCUUCCUUGACUAUGUGCUCAUCAUAAUCCUUAUGCCAGUUUUGCUUAUUGGAUAUCUUCUCAUGAUCUCAAAAACUAAGCAGAAUGAAAACCUGAUCAAGAUGUUGCUUGGGGCUGGAGCUGAUGUUAAUGCUACAGACUUUUCUGGUAGCACAGCCCUUCACUAUGCUUGUGAAAUGAAAAACCAGGCCGUCAUUCCUUUGCUGCUUGAAGCUAAUGCGGACGCUUCUGUAAAGAAUCAGGAUGGGGAGACUCCUUUAGAUAUUGCAAGAAGAUUACAGUUCAGCAACAUUGAAAGCAUGCUAAGGAAAACUUCCUAGUGCUGGAUGGGAUGCUAUCAAGGACUCUUGAACAAGCAGAAAAUUACCCCAUCUGGCAAUCCACCUCUCACAACUGCAGGAGUCCUGCAGAGGGCUGCAGUCUGGUACUUGAUAGUGUUUCGGUCCAAAUCGACCUGUUCUUUGCUGCAGACUUGGACUGUUUUUUAUGAGGCUUGUCAGUACCACUAAGGCUGUGUGGGCUGGAAGGAGUUCAUUUGCUUCUACUAAGCUGUGAAUGAUUACAAUAGUGGUCAAAAUAUUGCCCUUCCCAUCUGCUCCCCCAGUUUUACUGCUUGACUUGCACAGACAAGCAAGUCAAUGGUAAGACUUCUGUAAACCUAAACAUUGCACUUGAUGAUUGGCAGCUGAUGGAGUAAUAAAAUAACCUUUAGUGAGUGUUA